AGGGGCGGGAGGGGGCGUGUCGGGGGCGGGGCCUCCCCUCCCCUGCCCGUCGGCGGGAGGGAGCGGCUGCGGCGGGCGCGGGGCCGCCAUGAGGUAGGCAGGAGCCCCCUCGGCCGAGUGAGGCAGCAUGGCAAUGUUCUUGGGGGCCAGGAAUGCCCACUCGCUCCUGAAACGCUUUCCCAGAGCCAAUGGCUUCCUGGAGGAGAUCCGGCAGGGCACCAUCGAGCGGGAGUGCAUCGAGGAGGUCUGCAGCUAUGAGGAGGUCAAGGAGGUGUUCGAGAACAAGGAGAAGACGAUGGAGUUUUGGAAAAGCUACACCAGCUCUGUGUACUCUGUCAAGGACCCCGGGCACAGCACGGAGCGCUCUGACGCUAUGUACGUGGUGGUGCCCCUCCUGGGAGUGGCUCUCCUCAUAGUCAUCGCCCUCUUCAUCAUCUGGAGGUGCCAGCUGCAAAAGGCCACCCGCCACCGCCCCUCCUAUGCCCAGAACCGUUACCUGGCCAGCCGGACGGGCCGCAGCCUCCCCAGGGUCAUGGUGUACCGGGAGCGCUCGCACAGCCAAGGCGACAGCCAGUGCCAGCGGGAAGCCAGCGCCAGGGCGGCCGGGGAUGGCAGAGCCGGGGGCGCGCCCCAGCCGGACGGCACCCUCUGCCCGCCGGAGCAUUCCGUGUCCGUCCUCUCCAGACUGUCCAGCGCCACUCCCCCGCCUUCCUACGAGGAGGUGACGGGCCACCCGGAGAGCAGCAGCGGCGAGGAGACCAGCGUGUCCUACAACGAGCCUCCGCCCAAGUACGAGGAGAUUGUGGCCGCCGCCCCUGCCGCCGGCAAAUAGCGGCGCUGCCUCCCUCCCGCCUCUUCACACACUCACACUCACCCAGCCGCCCUCCCCUGGCCACGCCUGGGGCUCCCUUCGGGUGUCUGCCAGGCCCCCAUCUCACCUGUACGAUCUGGUGCCAUCACACAAUAGCCUUACCCUCCUAACCAAAAAGAGCUGUCCGCAGGUGGGGUGAGGCUGGGCUGUGGGGUGGCUCUGGGGCCAGCCUGCCGUCUCCUGCCCCUCACUCCCCACUCACGUAAGUGCUGUAGCAGCCAGGGCAGAGCAGCAGCGUGUUCCUGGCUCAGUGUGGGGGUCUCCCCAUGGUGCAUUCGAUUUCCUCACUUCCCCUUCAAACUGACAGAACGUUUCCCAUGAUUAGAGCAUGGGCUGCUGCUCAGCCUCACCCCGUGUCCUCACUGGGCCCUGUUCUACUGCUCAGGGCUCUGAUUAGGUGAUGGAGAUGCAGGAUUGGGGUGGCCAAUUUUUGUCCAUCCCUGCGGUUGGUGGGGCCAGCUCUGUGGGGAGAUGGUGCUUCCCCCACGGGGGUUUGUUGCCAAGUGGGAGUGGGGAGCCUGGUGCACACUGUGGUGCCUGUACUGAUAUUUGCUGUGUGGAGAUCGGGGGGAGCAGUCAGGAAGGUGCUCUCUGAUCUCUUAGAUCUCUUUGGAAAGGGAGAAAGGGCUCGUGGUGGUCUUGUACCUGAGGUAAGUGACUUUGGAGUAGAAAGGCCUUUUCCUGAUGCUCUCUGCUUUCCCCCAGUGGGUGCUGAGCAGCUGGAGGUCUGGCUGCUGCAGAGCUGGCCAAGGGGGUCAUCUCUGACUCCAAGCCAAAUGUGUCUCAUGGCUUUAAGUGAUGGAGAUUCAACUCUCUCCUGGAGCAUCUGGUGCCUGCCCCAGAGCUGAGAGCCUGCAGACAGGCCAAACCUCUCCUCUCCCUACCCCAAACCUCCCUGCCCUGCUUGGCCCCUCUCUCUGGGGCUCUUUGUCCUCCAGAGCAGGUAAAGGGGAAUGUGAGACCCCACUCUCCUCCUGACCUCUCAGGUGGGCUGAGUGUUUGGUGUCCAGGGCUGUGGCAUGGAAGUCCUGCUGACAGGGGUGGCAGCCACAAGCCCAUGCCUUGACAGUCAGGAGCAGGGCCAGGCCCUGCUGGGGGGGGUGUGGUGCCAGGGCAGGGCAGAGCCAGGUGCUUUGCUGUGGGAUCAGCGUCCCCUGUCCCUGGGCAGCUGCCUGUAGGGUCCAGGAAACAGGGCUGUCCCUCCCCAGUCAUGUCUGAUGGAUUAGUGCCAGGUUUGUGCUCCAACCCCCCAGAAGCAGCCCAGAAGCUCCCAGCACUGCCAGCACCCGGUGUUCCCCCAGCACCAGUCUGUCCACCAGCACUGAAAGGCUAUUGUCCAUCCAUCCGUGCCUGCAUCCCGCCCCACCCCAGUGAUGCUCUUGCAGCUGGUGCCCUCAGCCCAGAACUGAGGCUUGCCCAGCCUGGCUUCUCCUGGGGCAGGACAUGCUGGCACCUCAUCUGUCCCCUCCCCAGCCUUAGCUGGGUUGUGGGGAGUCCUGACAGCGAGCAUCAGGGCCAGAGCCUGGAGAGCACCAGAGGGAGACCCAAGGGUGUGCUCCACAUCCUCUGUCUGAGAUGCUCCGUCAUUAUCCCUGCAGUUUGUAUUCUGUAAAACUUGGUAUAUUUCUGUGCAAAAAAAAAAAAAAAAAAAAAAAAAAAAAAAAAAAAAAAAAGGUAUUUAUUAAAAAACCCUCACUGUCUGAGCGGCACAGGGUGGCUUUUUUCCCACAAAGGGUGUUGUGGGGGACAGUGACACCAAUAACCCCUGCCACGGCUGCGGGACCAUCCCCAGUAAGGAUGGGAAUGAACCCCAUGCAUCCAGCUGGAGCCCUGAACAUCACCUGGACAUGUGGUGUACCCUCUGAGAAACCUGAAGGGUGCUGUGAGCCUCGAGCUGGCGGCAGGUGAGAUGCACAAAGGUUUUCUGAGGGUCUUUGAGGGGAUUGAGGUGCACAGGUUGUCCUGCUGUCCUCUGUGUGCUCCUAAACCCCUUAGAUAAUCCCCUUUAAAUAGCAAGACUAGGGCAGCGGGGGAUUUACUUUAAGUCCUUUCAAACCCAGAUUUUAUGGUCAGGUCUUGGACACUGUCCCCAUUCAGAAGUGUUUAAAAGUGCGGUUAAUCCCGAGGGGCUCCUUUUAUCGCUGCGGAGGGGCAGAGAUCAGCCCCGGCACAGGGGGGCUGCGGGGAGCGGGGUGUCAGGACCGUCCCGGGCAUGGGGACACGGGGAAGGCCCUGGGGUUCGGUUCUGCCCCUGGCGAGAGCAGUGCCCGUGUUCCAGCUGAGCCGGGCCGGGCACAGGAGCGCUCCCGGGGGAGGCGGCACCAGCAGCAGCGUUAAUUACCGCCUCUGAGCGAGGAGGGAG